AUCCAUCCCCGUUUGAAAACACAAAAAGGAAAGAAAUUGGUGAUUUGUGACCAAAUAAAUGAAAGAAAUUUCGCACAUAUAAAUACCCUAAUCUCUUGGGAUUUCAAAUCGAUAUUCUCUCGUCAUCUCCAGUGGAAUCUACACCAUUGCACAAGGUUGAAAAGUGGACGUUAGAAUAAAUAGAAAAUGAACAACUCUUCUGCAGGACCAUCCUCAAAAGCUAGAGUUGGAGCAUCACAACCUUCAGAAAGUUCACUUAAAAGGAAACGUGGCAUGUUUCAGAAAGACUUGCAACACAUGAUGUAUGGUUUUGGAGAUGAUAGCAAUCCACUUCCGGAAACUGUGGCACUUGUGGAAGACAUCGUGGUGGAUUAUGUUACUGAUAUGGUGCACAAAGCUCAAGAUAUUGCAACCAAAAGGGGGAAGCUUUUGACGGAGGACUUUCUGUUCUUAAUUAGAAAGGACUUGCCCAAACUUAACCGGUGUUCAGAACUGUUGUCCAUGAAUGAGGAACUGAAACAAGCUAGGAAGGCUUUCGAGGUCGAUGAAGAGAAGUUGGCAACACUUGAGUGAGGGGGGAGUGUGAAGUUAUGACCUUACUUUAGAAUGUGUAAUUGAGUGGCACCAUAGGACCAGUAUACGGUGUGCUGAUUUACCAACACAGGAGUAACUAGCUGCAGUUGUUGCUUUGAAAUAGCUCUAUUGCGUCUCUUAGCAAAACAUUUAACAUUUCUGAUGAACGAUUUUAAUUCCAAAUGGUAUAUACUCAAAGUUUUCCUUA